CUAAUGACCAGUGAGUAUAAAAUCACCGUAAUCUUUAAAUCUGCUUUUUAAGCUUUCUUACUCCGGGUGAACCUCAAUCGAGGAUGGUGAUCAUGACUGGCGUGUUCAUCUGGAUGGUGUUUGGUGGAAUCUUCGCUGGAUUCAAACCCGUUUUCACGGCCAGCUGUUGUGAGAACUCCGGUUGUGCCAGAGAGGCGAACUCUGCUAUGACGUCUUCUCGCAAGGAAUCCUGUAAUCUUUACAAAGGCUACUGUGUUAGCAAAUGUCCCAUUGGAUAUUAUUCAAAAGACAACAAAUGUUCAAGUUGUCAUUCUCCGUGUUCAUCCUGCAGCAAGGAUCGAUGUCUUAGCUGCAAGGAUUCGAAAUUUCUAUCAAAACAUGGAAUAUGUGGACCUGAUUGUCCUCAAGAUGCAAAACUUGCAAAAAAUUCAAGUAGUCCCAGGGUGCGACUUGUUGCAGGGCGGUCAAGUUUGGAGGGUGUUGUUGAGGUCUAUCAUGAUGGAGUGUGGGGAACAAUUUGUGCAGAUGGCUGGACCGAUAGCAAUGCAGAUGUCAUUUGCAAGGAAUUGAACCUAGGAGCAGUUAUGGAGUCCAAAAUCAUCCAUGAAGACAGGUUUACGAGGAACGAUAGCUACAGGGAAGAUAGAAUUUGGCUGAGUGCUGUCCAAUGCAGAGGAACAGAAUCUUCAAUUUUCAAUUGUGAUCAUGCAGAGUGGGGUGAGAAUUCCUGCAGUCAUUUGGAAGAUGUUGGCAUACGGUGCAGUGGACCUGACUCAAGCAGAAGAUGUGUUACUUCAUGUGGCGAUGGUUAUUUUGCAUCAAAGGGAAAGUGUUUUGAAUGUCCUCUGGACUGUAAGACAUGCACUUCAUUUGACAAAUGUUUCAGUUGUAAUGAAAGGAGAUUUUUAGAAGGAGACUCGUGUGUCGCGAAAUGCGAGCCAGGCACCUUUGGUGACAGCAAAACUCUCACAUGCAAACAGUGUCCAUACGAAUGCAAGACGUGCAACGAGACAGCGCAGGGUCCAACGUGCACAAGCUGCAACUCAGACAAACAGGAGAUGUUUUUGUAUGGUGGCGAGUGUGUAAAUCAGUGCCCUGAGGGAGUUGGAUAUGUAAAAUAUCUUCGUUUAUCUGGAAACUAUAGUUCACCGUACAUGGGCGUACUUCAAAUGAUAUAUGCAGGUGUAUGGCGCUCUGUAUGUGACUAUUACUUCAGUCGGAACACAGCGAGAGUAUUCUGUCGCGAGCUUGGUUACGGUGAGCCGAUCUCGUUCACAUUUACAGCGAUUACCCGAUAUAUCGGGGCACCUCUCAAUCUUUAUUGUUAUGGAGACGAAAGGAGCUUCACUGAUUGUUACCAAUCAGAUUGGUUCCACUCUUGGUGUUCUAAUCGAUAUGGAAUUCAGUUAUCCUGUCAGCCACCGGGUAACCCUCAUAAAGUUCCAGAAAACAAAUGUUUGAAACAAUGUCCAGAUGGAACCUUCCAUAACAAGCAAAAUCAUUGUGGAUUAUGCAAUCGCAAGUGCCUGACUUGUGCCAAUGGCCCUGAAAACUGUUUAAAGUGUAGAAAACCCCGCUUUCUUCUAGGUACAACAUGUGUAAGAACUUGUCCUGAUGGUACCUACCCUAAUACCACGGUUCGUGCUUGUCUACCAUGCAAUAAAGAAUGCAUGACUUGUGACGGUCGACCAGAUGUAUGUCUUUCCUGUGUACCACCCUUAGUCCAAAAGGGAUCUUAUUGUGGUAAAAAGUGUCCUGGCGGUACGUACCAAAAGGAAUACACUUGUGUAGAGAACUGUGGGUUGUGGCAUUAUCAUGGAAAAGACAAAAUGUGCCAUACAUGCCCGCCGAAUUGUAUCAUGUGUAGUUCGGACGGUAAGUGCAAAGCAUGUAAAAAUGGUUUGGUCUUUACAAAAGAUGGGAAAUGCAACACGAGCUGCCCACGUGGACAAUAUUCAACGCCAGUAGAACCAGCAUCUGUGGGUAUCGACAUGAAGUUGAGGUUAAGAAGUGUUGAAGGUUUGAAAUACAAAGGACGGUUGGAGAUCAAGCAUCAGGGUGUUUGGGGGAGCAUAUGUGACGACGGAUGGAGUUAUAAAAAUGCACUGGUCGCAUGUCGACAGCUCCUGCUGGGACCUCCAGUUCAAACUGUAUAUCUCCGCUACGAAAGUUUUAAAAAGUUGAAUAUUUCGACGAUUUGGCUUGAUCAAGUUUAUUGCAAGGAAAUUAAAGACAGCCUUGAUGAAUGCGAACGUCUUCCGUGGGGUCAUCAUGACUGCUCCCACUAUGAAGAUGUUCAUAUUGAAUGUUCUCCUCCUGGGGUCUCAAGAUGCGACGUGGAAUGUCCGCCUGCUUACUUUACUCAUGGCUCAAGCUGUUUACCUUGUUCUUCUAAUUGUUUAAACUGUACUUCUGCUAAUAAAUGUUCUUUGUGUAAGGAAGGGUCCUUUCUUGCUAACGAUAGUUCGUGUGUUAAAAAAUGUCCACCAGGAUUUUAUGCAAAUGACAAAAAACAUUGCAAAGCGUGUCAUUCAAGUUGCUGGACAUGUAAUGGGAAGCUGGAAACACAGUGCACCUCGUGUAAACCACCUAAGUUGCUUCUAAACGAUAAUGUGUGUGUCUCGAGUUGUCCUAAAGGAUAUUAUAAGAAAGGUGUUAACCCUACCACAGAGUUGCAAUGGAAGGUUGGACCAUAUGAAGGGGUUGUUAUGACGACAAGAAAAGGAAGAAGAGGAUUGGUCUGCGAUUAUCAUUUGAAUAUUGAAACAGGCAAUGUUGUUUGUAAGGAACUUGAUAUGGGAAAAGCUGAAGAAGUUUACGCAAAACCCAUGUACAGUUAUCACUCUAUUCCAGUGGUGUUAAAAUAUCCUUAUUGCAUUGGCACCGAAAGUUUGAUAUCACAGUGCCGACGGCUCAGUUACUACUAUUGUUCCAGGGGAAGUAUUUUAGCUGUUAAAUGCAGCGGCCCGGACUUGUCUAGAGUGUGUAUAAACAGAUGUCCCACCCAGAGUAAUUUCUACAUAACGGACAAGAAUUCCUGUGAACAUUGUUCAGAAAACUGCCUACGAUGCGAGAAAAAUGCCACCAAUUGUACAGCAUGUGCCCAAGGUUUGCUUUUAACCUGGGACAACAAAUGUGUCUCGUAUUGUCCCGAAGGAACGUUUUUUAAGGCUGGUAGAUGUGAAAAAUGUGACGAUGAAUGUCUUGCUUGUCACCAGAAUAAGCAAAAUUGUAUUGUGUGUGCUGAUGGCAAAUACGCAUUUGAAGGUGGCAACUGCUAUGAUGAUUGUCAUGGAGUUGGAUAUCGAAGGAAGGGUUCACCUUUUGUAAGGUUGUCGCCAUACCCUGAUUGGCUUCGUCCUAAAUCAAACGCCUCACGGGGAGUAGUCGAGAUGUUUGUGGAUGACAAUUGGUUUCCAGUGUGUGGUAUCAACUGGGACCUACGAACCGCUGCAUUGGCAUGUCGUGAUCUGGGAUAUGGUGACCCAAUCAAAGUAUAUUCUUGGGGCUAUUAUCUAGAUAGUUACAUGCCAAUUGAUCAUCUGAAGGUAUUGAAUUGCAGUGGUGAGGAGAAAACAUUGAGGGACUGUCUUACAAUUGGUUCCUGUGAUUAUUACAGAUUUGCUGCUGUUUUUUGCAGCCGGGCAACACCGAAAAAAGAAUGCGUCAAGAUUAAGAAUCCUUUGGAUUGUGGAGCAGGCUUCUUUGUGAAUAAUACGAAAAGGGAAUGUCUAGCUUGCUCCAGUGACUGCGUUACGUGCUCAGGCACCGCCAGUCAUUGUACUUCAUGUAACUAUACGCAUGUCUUGCACGGUUCAAAAUGCCUCGAAGAAUGUCCUGAUGGAUAUUAUAUUGAUCUGGAGGUGAAAACAUGCAAACGAUGUAGUGAUAGGUGCAAGACGUGUCUUGAUGGAGUAAGCAACGAUAAAUGUUCAUCCUGCAAUAAACCUUAUUUCCUGCGCGACACUUCCUGUGUGGACACAUGUUAUCCUGAUCGUACCUUAAAAGACCUCGAGCAAGGACAGGAGUCCUCUCGAAGGGUUCGUUUGAUGAAUGGUUCAAACCCAGAAGAAGGUUUUCUCCAGUUCAAAAUGGAUGAUGGUGAAUGGGUAGAUGUUUGUUAUGCUCGUUUUUAUGCACUUAAUCUUGCGUGUCAAGAACUAGGCUUCCAGAGUGGUCUUCGCGUUGAGCAUAAAUACGGUGAUAAUCCUCCCAAGGUAGUUUCAGCAUCGUGUGAUUUUUAUCAUGGUUACGUAAAAGAUUGUUCAAUAGAAGAAAAUAACUGGUGCAACUCGCGAUCUUUUAUUGUUUGCUCCAGUAAACCACUGGACAAACGUGUUUGUCGAAAAGAGAAUCCGGUUCCAUGUUCGGCGACAGCCUGUUCCUAUCAAGCACCGUGCGUUAAUGGAGAUGACACCGUUAUCCCAAAAGGUCAUUCUUAUUGCAGGAGUUGUGGUCAAGAUUCCUAUGGCGAUGGUGAUAAUUGUACAGCAAUCUCUAAAUUCGUGCCUUCAGUAUCUGACCCUUAUAGAGAAAGGGUCAUAAUUCACGGAAAACACAAAACUUACUUUUAUUGUUAUGAUCGUUUCGCACAUGCCAAUCGCUACAGCUGGUAUAAAGAUGGAGAACAACUUGAUCUAUCUGAUCAUAGUUAUUAUGGUUCUGUUGCUUUGUCAUUUGUCCAUUUUCGAGAUGCUGGUAUUUACACAUGCGUUUUGCGCACAUCUGUUGGCUCGGCCACAGUAACUUAUAAUGUCACCGUUAAAGGUCCACCGAUAAUCGAAAGCGCCAGCGAUAUUGUGGAAAUUUUGGUUGGUGACUCAGUCAUCCUGGAGUGUGACGUUUUCGCACACCCCCCGGCUAAUAUCACCUGGGCAUUUAAUAAUAUUACUUUGAAUGAAAAUAACACUAGGGACGGAGGGGCGAGGGUCUUAGUAAAUCGUUCUUUGUGGAUAAAUCAGUCUAUUGCCGAAGACGCUGGAAAUUAUUCGUGUAUUGCCAAGAAUUCGUUUGGGAGAACUGUCCGAAUAAUCAGACUUCGAGUUGGAGAGGAAUUAAGAUUUGAGAAAAGAGCCAAUACUGUUGUUGUUUCAAAAGGGGGGAGUGCUACGUUAACUUGUCUGCCUCACGAGUCAGAUUCAUCCUGGUCAAUAAUUUGGCGUCGCGAUGGCAAGACACUGAAAACAGAUGGUCGUUAUAAAGUACUGGAUGGUUCGCUGACUAUCUAUAAUGUUAACAGCGAAAGUUGUGGAGAGUAUUAUUGCGUAGCAAAGGAUGCAAGCUCGAUUAUUACCAGCGUAGGGACGGUGGUGAUUAAAGAUGAUCCCCCAUGUAUCCACACGCGACCUCAAAACCUUCAUCUGGAGGAUGGAAUGUUUGCAAGAUUUUACUGCGCAGCCAGUGGUGAACCAACACCACAGAUAUUCUGGCAAAAUGAGACCAAAGCCAGCAAUGUUUUUGAGAUCAAGAAAGUUGACAUAUCUCACGUUGGUGUCUACAAAUGUUCAGCUCGAAGCGGGGAUAAAUUCAACGAGGCUUUUGCUUUUCUCAGCGUUAAUGAUUAUCACGCUUGUCCGUAUAUUUUCAAAAAACCGAAGAGCACGUCAGCGACAUUCGGCGAGAAAGCGACAUUUUAUUGCGAUGGCGUGGCAGAGUCCAGCGUGACCAUUGUCUGGUAUCGUAAUGGUAAUCGUAUUAUAAGUGGUGGUGGUAAAUAUACGAUUGAAAAUGAUGGGAGAAAGUUGACUGUGGACAAUGUGAAUGAGGAUGAUCUUGGAGGAUAUAUAUGUAUUGUCAGUGAUGAAAAUAACCAUGCAAGUGCAAAAGCUUUUCUCAGUUCUCUCCAUGUUGGGGCAUUGAAGGAUAACAGUCGCUCAUCUUCAAACACAGCAGGGAUAAUCAUUGGCGUCCUUUCAUGUAUCCUGGUGAUCCUAACGGUCCUAUUUUUCCUCCAUCGUUAUUGUCGCCAUGGAAGCACGCCGGUUGACGUCAUCAAUGAUGUCAGACGGAAGACCAUGUCUCGAUUCCAGUCCCUGAACUCUCACACGGUGAUGCAUUACGAUACAUCAGCGUUGGUUGACGAUAGUGACGAUGAAGAGCGUUGUGACGCUAACGUUGCGAAUCCAUUUGCAAGAGAUCAGUGAGAAAUGGCGUUUCAGGUUGGUAACUAUGUCUGAUGAAACUACUGAUCUCAUAUAAUAAGCUCGAUAAUUAUUAUCAGAUCAAAGUGAGUGGGUUUAAACUUACCAAUAUUUAAGUCUUUUAAGAGAAAUUAUCCUCUACUUUGAUGAAACAUUGCCAGUAUUAAGUAACUGGUGUAGAGUUAGCACCAUUUUGCUAGAAUUUUUUGUUCAAAGACAAAGUAUUUUUCUGUUAUGCAUCCUUGAGGCGAAUAUAUAUAUACAUGAAUUUAAAAUUUUGAAUUUUAAUGUAAAGUAUUUUAAGUA